AUGGGCUUUCAGAAUAUGGAUAAUUUGCAAAGGCAAAAACUUCUUGCUGAACUUUUAAAUUCUUGUAAUACUGAACAACUGGUUUUCGUGUCCAACUUCAUAUCGCCACGUUUAAAACGUGACUUUUUAAAAGAUCUUCCAAUUGAACUUAGUCUUCAUAUAUUAUCAUUUAUUAAUGAUCCAAAAACCCUUUCUAGAGCAUCAAGCGUUUCAAAAUUUUGGCGUUCGUUACUUAAUGAUGAGUUCACUUGGAAAAAUCUUUGUGUACGUCAUCAUUUCCGAAGACGUAGUUCGAUCGCUCCGGUUUUGCCACCCUCUCCUACUUUCGAAUCACCUGCAUCUAAAUGCAGUAAAUUUUCAUACAAAGAUCAUUUCCGAAGGCGGUAUAUUGUCGAAUCGAAUUGGAAGCAUGGUGGAAGGACACUUGUUACUCAUAUCAGCCCUGAUUCAGGAGUAGUUACAUCUUUACAAAUGUGUCAAAAUUAUAUAGUUGUGGGAAUGGAUAAUAAAAAGAUUCAUAUAUUUGAUGUAUCCGAUGGUAAUUACAUAAAAACAUUGACAGGACAUGAAGGUGGUGUGUGGGCGUUGCAAUAUAUUGAUGAAGUUUUAGUCUCUGGAGGCUGCGAUAGAGAAGUUCGUGUUUGGGAUAUUAUUACAGCUGAAUGUCGUUAUGUUUUACACGGUCAUACAUCAACGGUACGCUCUCUCAAAAUGAAGGAUAAAACCAUUGCCGUUAGUGGUUCUCGUGAUGCAACUCUUCGUGUCUGGAAUAUCGAAGAAGGGAGAUUACUUCAUUUGCUGGCUGGACAUCAAGCGAGUGUACGAUGUAUGGAAAUUUGCGAUGAUGUAGUAGUAUCUGGAAGUUAUGAUUGCACUGCUCGUGUUUGGAACAUAAUGACUGGAGAAUGCUUACAUAUUCUUCAAGGACAUUACUCACAAAUUUAUUCGAUUGCUUUCGAUGGUGAUAAAAUUGUUACCGGAUCUCUUGAUUCCACCGCACGGGUUUGGUCUCGUCAAACCGGAUUUUGUUUGGGCGUACUGCAAGGACAUACUUCACUUGUUGGUCAAUUACAACUUCAUGGAUCAAUACUUGUUACCGGUGGAAGUGAUGGUGCUAUUCGUAUUUGGGAUCUUGAGACAAAUCGAUGUGUUCAAAAUAUUGCAGCGCACGACAACUCUGUUACAUGUUUGCAAUUUGAUGAAAAGAGAAUCGUAUCAGGUGGCAAUGAUGGACACAUAAAACUGUGGGAUAUUGAAACAGGAGAAUUUAUUCGUGAAAUGACAACUUCAGGGAAUGCAGUUUGGCGAUUGGCUUUUCAAGAAACAAAAGCAGUUGUAUUGCUACAAAGGGAAGGCAAAACUGUUAUGGAAGUUUUGGACUUCGAUGCAUCGGAAACGUAG